CAUUUUUUGGGAGCGCCGCAGAAGACCAAAAAACGACCCCCACCCCCCUGAUUUUCAUCUCCUUCACCCCACCCCAUCUCCAGAUUUCAACGCUGCUUCUCCCACCAAGCAGCAACCUGCAUCAACUACAGAUACCACAGACCCCUCCACGAUUCUAUUUCUUCUUGAACACAACGAACGACCAUCCCCUCUCUGGACCUGAAGACCGAUUCUUCUUCAACACAAAUCAAAAACGCCCAAGUAUGAGCAUCACCUUCUUCAGCGUUUGAAUAGAGCCGGUGACUCCUCCCCAUCGCCGCAAAUUUGAAAACAGCCCAACCUUCACCCAUCUCCAGCCACUUCACAAACCAGUAGCCCGCCGGAAAUCCAGCGGAUACAGUGACGGAAACGUGAGAAGGGAGCGGAAACAGAGCCGUUGAGGUUGUCAUCGAGGUUUUCCAGUCCAGUCCUUGUUGCCGAUUUACGACGAGGUUGUUUGUUCAAGCGUUAAUUCUGAGAUUCGAGGUUGUCUGUAGCCAUGAAGGACAUCGAUUUUGGUGGAGAUUUCGCCGGCUCUAGGCAUUCAGGUACCAAAAGAAGCUUUGGAGACCUUGACGAUGAUGAAGAUGAUAUUUUUGGCUCUAAAAAGGAUAACUUGAAAGUAGAAGAAACAGCACCCGGUGUGGCGACAGGGAUGAUCUUGUCUCUUCGUGAGAGUCUUCAGGACUGUAAGGACACCCUUGCAUCAUGUCAGACAGAACUUGAAGCUGCAAAAUCUGAAAUACAAAAGUGGCGGUCUGCGUUUGAAAAGGAGUCUUUCAUACCACCUGGCAUGACACCUGAACCCAAGUUUGUGGUCAGUUAUCUUCACAACCUCAAAUCAUCAGAGGAGUCAUUGCGUGAACAGUUGGAAAGAGCAAAGAAAAAGGAGUCUGCAUUUAUUGUGACAUUUGCCAAAAGAGAGCAGGAGAUAGCAGAGUUGAAG